UCCUCUUUUUCUGUAACAAAAACACUUCAAUUAAGUCCCAAUUCCUUCUAGUGUGUGGCUCUUGUUGUUCCUUAAUAAACAAGCAAAGCCAGUUAGCUAGGAAAUCUACAAAAUUAUUAAUCACUGUUGCAACCCCAAACCCAAACCACCCCCUUUAGUUCAGUUAGUUAGUUGCAACAACCAUGAGUGAAACACAGAACGACACCGUUACAGAAACAGAAACAGAGACAGCGUUGUCGACGACAAAGGACGAGGUGGCACCGGUUGUCGUUUUGUUCGGUAAAUACGAGCUUCGGAGGUUGCUGGGAGUUGGUGCAUCCGGCAAAGUCUACCACGCGACGAACUUGGACACUGGUCAGAGCGUGGCGGUGAAGGUUGUCAGCAAGCACAAGGUUCUCAACGGUGGCUUCGCCGCCAACGUUGAACGCGAGAUCUCAAUCAUGCGCCGCCUCAACCACCCAAACAUCGUUAACCUCUUCGAAGUCCUAGCCACCAAGACCAAGAUUUACUUCGUCAUGGAGUUUGCCUCCGGCGGCGAGCUCUUCAGCGAGGUCGCCGACAAGGGACGCCUGACGGAAGACCUAGGCCGGAGAUAUUUCCAGCAGCUAAUCUCCGCCGUCAAGCACUGCCACUCCCAAAGCAUCUUCCACCGCGACCUCAAGCUCGACAACCUCUUAAUCGACGAAAACGGGAACCUAAAAGUCUCGGAUUUCGGGUUGAGCGCAGUGGAGGAUCAGAUCCGACCCGACGGGUUGCUCCACACUGUUUGUGGGACCCCUACCUACGUGGCACCUGAGAUUCUCGCGAAGAGAGGUUACGAUGGUGAAAAAGUUGACGUCUGGUCAUGCGGCGUCGUUUUGUACGCUCUCACCGCUGGGUAUUUACCCUUCAAUGACUACAAUAUUACGAUCCUGUACAGAAAAAUUUACCGCGGUCAAUUUCGCUGCCCAAAAUGGACGUCCAAUGAUCUGAGAAACCUCUUAUCACGUUUGUUGGAUCCGAAUCCACAAACGAGGAUAACGGUAGAUGAGAUUCUCCAAGACACGUGGUUCAAAACGGGUGGAUACCGGCCCGACCGGGUUUUACUUAAGCAACCCGAGUGGGAGGAGGCUCGAACCGGGUUCAAGUCUUUGAACGCGUUUGAUUUAAUAUCGUUUUCAAGCGGGUUGGACAUGUCGGGUUUGUUUUCUGACCCGAGUGUGUUGGAUACCGUGGAACGGGUCGUUUCAGGGGAGGAACCGGAGAGGAUCAUGGAGAAGGUGGAGGAGGUAGCGAACGGUGCAAGAUUUACGGUGACGAGGAAGGGGAAUGGAGGUGGGGCCAAGUUGGAAGGGCAGGAUGGUAAUUUGAUUGCUCUCGUUGUGGUUUACCGGUUAACGGAUGAGCUUGCGGUAGUUGAAGUGAAGAGUAAUGAAUGUGGCGCACAGUUUUGUAAAGAUAAAUUGUGCCCUCAACUUCUUGAAUUAGCUCAUAAACAGAUAGCGCCGGUCUUCCGGUGACUUCUUAUUUGAUUUAUCAAAUUGCAAUCAAUUUUGGUAUCUAUCUUUUUUAGGGUGCGAAUAUCUUAAUCGAAUCUAUUUAUUGUUGAGUAUAUUUAUAAAUGUUAACUUAGAAAUCGAACUACGGCAGCAUCAGACCAAAUUUAAGAUUUGGUAGUGAUGUAUCUUCUAUCAGCAUUGAAUU